UUGAGAGAGAGAGAGAGCAAGUAUGUACAGUUGAUAUUGAACGCUGGACCAGCCCGCCAUAAAUGCAGUUCUCCUCACCUUCCUUCGGAACUUUCAAAAUAAAAAUAAACUUUAAACUUCUCUCUCUAUUCGGGUUGUGAUUUGCGGUUUAGCCUUUUUUGGCUACUUUAAUAUAAUAAAAACGCAAGCUUAAUGUGUGGCUUCUAAUUCAUCGUGAACCAGGUCAACUCUCUCUAUCUCUCUACCGGAGCUGAAAACUUUUCUCUCUCAGCUUUUCUACAGCCAGACAAACUCUAAAAUAAAAACCUUUCUUUUAUCAGCCUCUUCGUUGUCUACUUAAUUCGAACAAAAAAAAAAAAACUAAAAAGACUCAUUUCAGGCUUCAAUUUUGUGAUCUCUUGGAAGGAAGUUAAAGACCAGGCUGCUUGUUGGUCCUUACUGGUUUGAUUUCAUGGGGAUUUGCUUGAGUGCUCAAAUUAAAGCUGAGAGCCCAAGCAAUACUGGGCUGAGUUCAAAGUAUGUUAGCACAGAUGGGAAUGAUGUGAGCAGUACUAUUAGUAAGGUUUCGUCGUUUUCGGUUCCUCCUACUCCUCGGAGUGAGGGUGAGAUCUUGCAGUCCCCUAACUUAAAGAGUUUUAGUUUCGGGGAUCUCAGGAUGGCCACCAGGAACUUCCGUCCCGACAGUGUGUUAGGAGAGGGUGGGUUUGGUUCUGUUUUUAAAGGGUGGAUUGAUGAGCAUUCAUUUGCUGCUACUAAGCCUGGGACUGGUAUUGUUAUUGCUGUGAAAAGGCUUAACCAAGAGGGUUUCCAAGGUCACAAGGAGUGGCUGGCGGAGGUGAACUAUCUGGGACAGCUUUACCACCCUCAUCUUGUGAAAUUGAUUGGAUACUGCUUGGAGGAUGAGCACAGACUUUUGGUGUAUGAGUUCAUGCCUCGAGGCAGCUUGGAGAAUCAUUUGUUUAGGAGGGGUUCUUAUUUUCAACCUCUUCCUUGGGACCUUCGCCUGAAAGUUGCUCUAGGUGCUGCUAAGGGGCUUGCCUUUCUUCACAGUGCUGAAACAAAAGUUAUAUAUCGGGAUUUCAAGACUUCUAACAUCCUGCUUGAUUCUAACUACAAUGCAAAGCUUUCUGAUUUUGGGUUGGCCAGGGAUGGGCCAACUGGUGAUAAGAGCCAUGUCUCAACCAGGGUUAUAGGAACAUAUGGAUAUGCAGCUCCAGAAUACCUAGCAACAGGUCAUCUAACUGCAAAGAGUGAUAUCUAUAGUUUCGGAGUUGUUCUGCUUGAGAUCAUAUCUGGUCGCAGAGCACUUGACAAGAAUCGACCAUCUGGAGAGCACAAUCUAGUGGACUGGGCUAAACCUUACCUGGCUAAUAAACGUAAAAUCUUCCGUGUCAUUGAUAAUAGACUUGAAGGCCAGUAUACAAUGGAGGGAGCCUAUAAGGCAGCUACCCUUACAUUACAAUGCAUAUCUGCAGAAGCCAAGUUAAGGCCUAACAUGGAUGAUGUUGUUACCAUAUUGGAGCAGCUCCAGGAUUCCAAGGAAACUGGAAAUACUAACAACAAUUCAAGCAGUAGGCCAAAGGUUCGUAGACUAAGUGCAGAUGAUGCUAAUAAAAGAAGCGUAACUGCUUAUCGUCGGCCCUCAGCAUCUGCUUAUCCUCGGCCCUCAGCAUCAUCUCUUUACACUUAAAACUUGGAAACAAAGGACUUGUUGGAAGUACUUCUCCUUUCUCGGGGUAGUCAACAAGCUGAAGAACUGGGGCAGUCACUUUUGUCUGUCCUGUGACUGUACAUUAUUGUUUUGGCGGAUGUGUUAAAAAAUCAACAUUCUGUUGACAUGAUUUAAGGGUUGUCCUGUAACACAAGGAAAGGAAGGAAUUACCCACAUUUGUAUGUUGUAUGUCUUUUGGGCAUUGAGCAAAAGUGUUUCUACCACUGGAAAAGAUCUUGGAAGAAAAGGAAUAUGAGUGCUCUGUAUGAAUUAUAGUUAGAAAGUGUGUGAAUUAUAGUUAGAAAGUUAUAGCCUUUUCACAAGUAUUUUCAUUCCAUUAUUUUAUUUUUUAGAUGUACCUCAUCAUGAUGUUAAGGCACAUAGCACUUUUAUGUUGUAAUGCAGCAACCUUUUUGUUGUCUCUAGUAUAAAGAAAAUUUAAGCUAUCAAAAUUUGCAUGUUUGGCC